AUGCGAGACAUGAAAAAGGAGCUUAAGGGGAUCAAGGAGGGCAAUGAGGACCGCUUCAUCCGUGUGCAAGCCGAUCUCACCAAACCCGAAACCAUCAAAGAGGCAGUCAAGACGUCGGGUGCGAAUAAGGCUUUCGUUUCCGAAGCCAACAAGAAGAGCAUGAUUGGCGCAAUCCACUCGGAGACGGAGGUCGCACUGCAAGAAUCUGGUCUUGAAUACACAGCUGUGCGUCCUGCAUACUUCAACAGCAACGUCUUCUGGGAACACCAGGGGAUUAAGAAAGGCGAGGCUGAGCUUCUGUAUCCCAAUGUGCAUUUCGACCACCUCGCGCCUUCGGACAUUGGACUCGUGUGCGGCUCUCUGCUGAUAGAGGCGCGAUUUCAGAAGGAAGCAGGGUCUUCCUUCUACCUGUGCGGUCCUAAUUUGUUGACCCAACGCGAGGCUAUGGAAACCAUUGGGAAAGCGCUAGGAAAGGAGCUCAAGAUUAAGGAAGUCGACCAAGAACGUUGGUUCCAGAAGUUGGAACACAUGCCUAGGCCGCUUCUGGAGAGUCUGGCAAAGGAUCUCAAAGAGUCGGAUGAAGGCAAGGAUGUGUACACGAAGAUACACGAGCAGGCUGUGAAGAAUUUCAGGAAGUUUGCAGAGAGGGAGCCGACGAAAUUGGAGGACUGGAUGAAGGAACACAAGGCUGCGUUUGAGUAGCUGAUGCGACGGGAAGCUGGUCGCGUGUGAGAUGUAGUUUAUAUAUCUUGAAACGAAACGAAUGUCAGGCA